AUGUCGUACCUGUCUGUCGCGUUCGGCCCAUGGCUCUCCUGGGCGAUUGCGCUUGUGCCGCUUCUCGGACUAGCGAGCAUCAUAGGACUUAGUAUCCACCGUCUUUAUUUCAGCCCCUACUCCAAGUACCCAGGCCCCUUUCUCGCUAAGCUCACGAGCUGGUACUCCGUCUACCACACCAUCAUCGGCGACCUGCACACCGAUAUCUGGGAAUGUCACCAGAAAUACGGCCCCAUCGUCCGCUACGCCCCGAACAGAAUCCUCAUCGACACCGAGCCAGGCCUAAACGCCAUCUACGGCCACGGCGCAAACGUGCAAAAGGCCAAGUCCUACACGCGCCUCACCAUGGUCAAAGGCGCGCAGUCAACCAUCAGCACCAUCGACAAUGACCGGCACGGCAAAAUCCGACGGGUUCUGAACCAGGGACUAUCGGACGGACACAUCCGCGCCAUGGACGCGGAGAUGACGGCAGUUGCGGCGCUCUUUGCCGAGCGGCUAGGUGAGGCAACGGAUCGCUUUGAUGGGACUCGUUCUGCGCCCGCCAGUGACGGGUGGAGCUGCGCUAAGAAUAUGGCUGAGUGGUGCGACUUCUUCACCUUCGACAUCAUGUCGCAGCUUGUCUUCGGCACAUCGUAUAACCUCCUCGGCGACGCCGCGAAUCACUGGAUCAUUGACGGCGUGUUGGGCCAGUUGCGACGGAUAAGCUACAUCACGCAGCUCCCGGAGGCGGAGACACUGAGGCUCGACAAAAUGCUAUUUCCCAACGCGCGACGCAAGGCGGUCCGGUUCUCGUUGAAGGGUCGGGAGAUCAUGGAGGCGCGGAAAAACAAGGACGUUAGCAAUAGUAAGAACGAUGUGUUCAGCAAGCUGCUUGCCGCCAAGGAUCCGGAGACAGGAGAAGCUCUGUCGCAUAGCCAGUUGUGGGCGGAGGGCAACGUGUUGAUCAUUGCUGGGUCCGAUACCUCGUCCACUGGCUUGGCCGCGACCUUCUUCUACCUCACCCGAACCCCAUCCGCGUACGCUCGGGUGACAAACGAAGUAAGAAGCGCAUUUCCCACCCCAGACGAAGUCUGCCAGGGGCCGAAGCUGUCGUCCUGUGUUUUUAUCCGCGCCUGUAUCCAAGAAGCACUGCGCCUCGCUCCAGCCGUCAGCGGAGCCAUGUGGCGCGAGGUUUUACCGGGAGGGCUGAAGAUCAAGAUGGAAGAACACGAUGUCAAAGAGGAAGAUGUUCUGGAUAUCCCGGCAGGCUAUGAAGUCGGCAUAGGUGUUUGGUCACUCAAUCACAAUGAGCGGUACUAUCCCGAGCCCUUCAGCUUCCGGCCCGAAAGAUGGAUAUCGCAGGAAUCAGGUGAAGAGCCAGUCCGGCUAGCCAAGGCUGCAUAUGCGACAUUCUCCAUAGGCCCGCGAAACUGCGUGGGAAAGGGAUUGGCCAUGACCGAAAUGGCCUUGGCCAUGGCUGCAGUCAUAAGCCGCUAUGACUUUCGGAGGGCUGACGGUGCGGAUGGACAGAUUGGGGAGGGUAAGGGGUCAUUCGAGGGGCAGUAUCAAACGUUCUACACGUUUACCAGCUUGAAAGACGGACCGAUGAUUCAGUUCAGGCCUUAUCAUAAGUCCAACGAGUAA